CAAUCACAACCGUCGGAUCGUACAAAACGAGUAAUGACGUACCUGAUCCACAUCAGUUCGGUCCAGUUAAAUUUUAAAUUUAAGUUGCCAGAUUCAGAUCGGCCCCCGUUGCUCGGAUCAAGUGGACCGCCCCCAUCUUAAACUGUCUGCGAUCGCUACGUGUCGCGUCCUCAUUGAACCUCGUCCCCUUCGGCCCCCCACCUAUAUAUAAUCUCGUCGCUGGAAGUCGCCUGGCUUUCAAAUAACACUCUCUCCCUGCUGCUUCGCUUCCGCUUCCUCAGAUCUGCGUUCUCUGCUCCUCAUUUUUUAAUUCUCCGAGGUCUGCGUGGUCACAUUUCGGUCUCCCACUGCGAAGAUCCCACCGCUUCGCUCGUCGUCGAGCUCGCCAAUCCUUCAGUUUUGCCGUCGCCUCCCAUGGCGAAGCUCUGUCUGGGCACCCUCCUCGCCCUCGUCCUCCUCCCCCUCGCGCUCUCAGCAGAUCCGCCUCAGAUCCCGCCGACCCUUUCCCCCCAGCUCCCCCCCGACGCCCCUUCUCCGGCUUCCCCUCCUCCGGACGCCGGAGCUCCCGAGAACCACCCGGCGAUCUCCCCGGCCGGCUCCGUUUCGUCCCCGCCGUCACCUCCCCCGUCGGGCUCGCCUCCCGCUCCCUCUCCCUCUCCGGCCCCCGCGCCGCCGUCGCCGGCUCCGUCCCCGAGCAGCAACUCCACCGGCACGAGCCGCGCGGGGGUGGCCGUAGCGGACGAGGACGUGGGAGGCGGCGGAUCGUCGGGCGGGGGGCUGAGCAGCACGAAGAAGGCGGGGAUCGUGGCGGCGGCGGUGGUGUUCGCGGGGCUGGUGCUGCUGGGAGGGAUGGUGUACAAGAGGAGGAAGGACAACAUAAGGCGGUCGCAGUACAGCUGCGCGGCUCGGAGGGAGAUCCUCUAGAGAAGUCUGCGGGGGCAUAUUAGGUAUAAUUUGAUUGAUUGUGAUUUCUGAUUUGUUCGAUCGCCAUAUGAUUAUCGUUUGGGAUUGGGAUUGGGAUUGGGAUUGGGAUUGAUAUUUGAUUGAUUCGUGACCGUGGAUCGAGUUGCAAUAAGAAUACUGUUUAGAGGAUUA